UCCGCCGCUUGGCCCUCAUGACGGCUCAUUUGCCAGAGCCAACGACUGGCAAGAAUGGACGAGGCGCGAGUCGUACGAGUGUGCGCGAGGGGCGCGCGUGCAGACCACUGUUUACUGGUAACAGCUCGAGACGAGGCGCGCAGCUGCGCGAAUUCACCGUUGUCUGUCUCCUGCUCGGUGUGUGUGGAAUAAGGAACUGAGAUAUUAGGGGCAUCGCGACGUGAGGGAAAAUGAUAGAAAGAAGGAUAAAACCUCGCGCGAGGGCAAGAGGCGUCUAACGUUAUUCUGACAGCUCUCUCUCUCUCUCGCUCUCUCUCUCUCUCUCUCUCUCACAAAGACCGCCGCGAAGGAAUGCAGAGCGAUGCUUUGAACUUGAAAGACCGCCGACGCUUCGUUCGCGAGAACCAGAGCACAAUUCGCAGGAUAAACAACAUGCAGCGGGCGAAAGACGGGCAGAAAUCUGCCUGAGUGGAUCUGGAGUGUCGCCGAAGAGCUUCUUUCGCACCUUUUGUUUGGCAGCGUCUGCGAAAACUUCCACAAUGGCUCUGGUCAUGGAACCUGUGAGCAGGUGGUCAACGAGCCAGGUGGUCGACUGGAUGAAAGGUUUGGAUGACUGUCUGCAGCAGUACAUUAAAAACUUUGAGCAGGAAAAGGUGGGCGGUGAACAGCUGUUGAGAAUCACCCAUCAGGAGCUCGAGGAUCUGGGCGUCUCUCGAAUCGGCCACCAGGAACUCAUUCUGGAGGCUGUGGACUUGCUUUGCGCACUGAACUAUGGACUAGAGACAGAAAACCUGAAGACUCUGACCCAUAAGCUGAAUGCAUCAGCCAAGAACCUGCAGAACUUCAUAACGGGGCGGCGGAGGGGCGGUCACUAUGAUGGCAGAGCCACCCGAAAACUUCCUAAUGACUUUCUGACCUCUGUAGUUGACCUCAUCGCUGCCGCCAAGAGCCUGCUGGCUUGGUUGGAUAGGUGUUACUUCUUCAUCAGGUCUCCGUUCGCUGCCGUGGCAGACUAUUCCAUGACCAGGAAUAAUGUGAUUCAGCUGUGUCUGGAGUUGACCACAAUAGUUCAGCAGGACGGCACAGUGUAUGAGACAGAAAAUAAGAUACUGCAUGUGUGUAAGACACUGUCCGGUGUGUGUGACCACAUCAUUUCACUCUCUUCGGACCCCAUGGUGUCCCAGGCCGCCCAUCUAGAAGUGGUGCAGCUGGAUAACAUAAGGUCCACAGAGGGACUGGGCAUGUACAUCAAAUCAACCUACGAUGGCCUACAUGUCAUCACGGGCACUACAGAGGGAUCGCUAGCUGACCGCUGUAAGAAAAUCCAUGCUGGUGAUGAGGUCAUACAGGUCAAUCAUCAGACAGUGGUGGGCUGGCAGCUGAAGAACCUGGUCAACUCUUUACGUAGCAAUCCUGCGGGUGUGACCCUCACGCUGAAGAAGCGACCUCAGAGCACUCUCACGUCAGCCCCAGCCUUACUCAAGAACAUGAGAUGGAAGCCCCUCGCCCUGCAGCCCAUCAUCCCUCCCAGCCCCAGCAGCAGUGUGGCCACACCGUCCAGCACCCUCAGCACCCCAUCCAGACGGGACAGCUGCGCUUUACAGGACCUCUACAUCCCCCCUCCUCCCGACGAGCCAUACGCACCCAGAGAUGACAUAGGAAAUCUGACCAGCAACUGCCAGCAGGCCGCUAAGGGUUCUGAUUCGCCCAACUCCUUCCUGGAUCAGGAGUGCCGGAGGCGAUUCCCGCUGCUGGAUGAGGAUGCGGUCCUGUACUGUUACGAGUAUGAUCAGAAUCAGGGUCCUCCACCCGUACGCAGGGACAGCACUCCUACAUAUGGGCGGCUGAGGCCUAUUUCUAUGCCUGUAGAAUAUAACUGGGUUGGAGACUAUGAAGAUCCUGCCAAGCUGAAGAAAGAGAUCAGAAGAGAAAACUCCCUGCUGCGAUAUGUGAGUGAGGACAAGGCGGGAACGGAGGAGUACCACACUGGACGCCGCAGCAGUCGGCGCAGUAGAAGAAAGAGUGAGAAAGGUGGUAGCCCCGCCCACUACGCCUUAGUCCCCACCCUUCAGAUGGACAUGCUGCAACAGGACUCGCUGGCCACACCCACAUCUGAAACCUCAUCUGUCUAUCUUACAUUUGAUCGAUCGUCCAUGCUUUCUCGGUCGAAGAAAGUGAAGUUAAGAGCUGGAUCCCUGCCCUCCAUUAGUAAGCGGCGAAUCUCCUGCAGGGACUUGGGUCAGGGUGAUUGUGAGGGCUGGCUCUGGAAGAAGAAGGAUGCAAAGAGUUACUUCUCUCAGAAAUGGAAGAAGUACUGGGUUGUACUGAAAGAUGCCUGCCUAUAUUGGUACACCAACGAAGAGGACGAGAAAGCAGAGGGCUUCGUCAGCCUGCCAGAGUUCAACAUCGAUCAGGCCAACGAAUGUCGUAAAAAGUUUGCUUUUAAGGCUUGUCAUCCUAAAAUCAAAAGCUUCUACUUUGCUGCGGACAACAUGGAUGAUAUGAAUAGGUGGCUCAGUCGACUGAACAUGGCGGCAACAGCUCACUCGGAGCAGAAGAGGAUUCGACAGGAUCAUGACUACUGGAGCGAGAGUGACCAUGAAGACGCCGAUCACAUGUCCUCAACACCCAAACAGGAUAGCCCUCCACCUCCAUAUGACACCUACCCUCACUCCACCUCAGCAAGUCCAUUCCAGGAGUCCCAGCACAUCCGCCCACCCUCCACCGAGACCAUCCAGUCCCGCUCCCCGCUCUCCGAAACACAGGGGGGCAGCGUGAGCAGCGCAAGCUCUCCGGGCAGAAAGUCUGCCAGCCAGCGGCGUUCGUGGCAGGACCUCAUCGAGACGCCCCUCACCAGCUCCGGCCUCCAUUUUCUGCAGACUUUGCCAUUGGACGACUCGGUGUUUGUCGAUCCCGGUCGAGCCGUGCCUGUGGAGCUCCGACGACAGUCGACGCUCCCCGCCCAGCACGGGCUGCCCCCAGAACACUACGGCCCGCCUAUCACGCCCACCCAGCCCAGCCAAAAACCAAUCCCAGCUUUAGGAAGAGGAGAAGGAUUAGACGGUUGUGGACUAGGAAGCAAGCACCGCAGUUUUACCUUGCCCCGUGACAGUGGUCUUCAUGCCAUCCUGGCUGCCAGCAGUGCAGCUGAACACGCAGAUGUACAGCGCUACCACCUGGGCCGGGCCCAUGCCAGAGACACAGGCCCAGAGCGGGAGCGCAGGCACCAGGCUGACUCUUUGGGGGAUUUGUACAGGGCUCUGGAGAGGACUAGUCUAUCUCCUGUCAAUGAGCACAGGUCCUCUUCUCGAUUAGAGUACAAGAGAUCGUUCGUCCGCCGCUGCAACGAUCCGUUACUCAAUGAAAAGCUGCACCGCUUGCGGAUCCUUCAAAACUCAUUCAAGGACAUCCCUCUUCAAGAGGCAGAGACUAAGAUCAUCCAUCGGGAUGUGUAGCCAGAGAUUACAGAGAACACAGCAGGGCACAGCACCAGUCAUUUCAGCCAUAUCUGCUAAAAAAAGCUCCGCUCUCUUUCCCUGGAGGGUCCAUCUUAACCGCUUUUAUCAAACAUCUACAUCUUUCCCAAGGAAUAUUUCUCACUCUUUUUCAGCAUUCAUGAAUUUCCUCUCGUUGCACUCACUUUCUUUGCUUUACGUUAUUGCACAUGCUAAUGUUGGCAUUAUUUUGUAUGUAAAGUUCUUUUCUCUUGAAUUAUUUGUGUUGGUAAUAAUGACUUUGGCCUCCGUCUGAGACCAAAUAACUGCACUUCCAAUGAACUCUACCCUACGGUAGUCUCUCGUGACUUAAAGAGGAAAAAAAAACACACAGGGAUAAAAGAAUAAAACUACUGAUAUAGAAAUUAUUUUGUUCUGAAUCUGAUUUGCAUGGCCAUUGUCUAGUCAAUAGAUUUUCUGUCUGUGACGUGUCUUAACUGAGAGUGUUAAAUCCAGCUUCACUGAAACUAACAUUUUUCAAUGGUAAAUGUAACUAUGAGUGUAAGAGCAGGAUUGCAAUGAUUGCGUGUCUGUGUUCGGGUGAGUGUCGAAAGCCUAGGUUUGUUGUACAUAAUGUAUGUUGUAAUAUUCUGACCGUUUGCACCCUAGCAGCAAGGUUCUUGCAAUAAUGUUGAACUAAAACGAUUAAUUAGUUUAACACUGUCUAUUUUUGUAAGCAUGAUAUUUAUUGAGAUGUUUGUACAUUGUUUUGUAUGCUCAACUAUGUGUUAUCUGAAGAUAACUGCAAGCGUAAACUCCUUUUUAUGUGUUCCUGAAAGAUCUUUAACAAAAUGAAACUUUCAUGUGAAAGCACCAGUGUUCUAGUAUCUCCAAAAAAGUAAUUUUAUCAAUAAAUUGUUUGAUGUUUUGACAUUA